AGUUUUUUAUCAUAUCUACUCCAGAUAUAACGAAAUUGAAUAAGUAUGAGUAUUUAGUCCCGUUAUAUUUCCAUCACUACACUACUAUCGAUUAAAAAAUUCGUCAUUUGUGCCGUUCACUAAUCGUGGCUUCCUCUAAAGCCUGGUUGGCAUCGUAUUGAUAAUUCAGCUAUUCAAUUUCGUGGAAAAGAAGAAUAAAUAUACUUUUAGUGUAGUUUGUUUUUGUUUAUGGUUGAAAUAAGUAUUGUGUGCUUCUUAAGUAUUUAUAAAAUUCAAUAACAAAUUAUAUAAAACUAUUACUAUGGCGUCAGCCAGUAGUACUAGUGCUAGAUCAUUGUUUGCUGAUUCAAAAAUGCGACUUGCUGAUCGGGUACAAGUAAAUGUGAAUAAUAUAUCUUCCUUGGCCAGACAGAUAACUAGAGGGUCUAAAAGUACAGAGAUUCUUAUGCAUUCAUCUCGAAAUUUUGCCGUAGCAGAACAAGCGAUGGAAAAUAGUGAAAAUAAUCUUAAAAAACUUCAAGCUCUUUGCACACAUGCAAAUUAUCAAUAUGAUUCUAUAAAAAAAUCGACUCGUCAACUGGAAGAAGUGAAGGAGCAAGUAUGUGCAAUGCAGAGAUAACUUUUGGGUAGUUAAUAAUAUUCUUUAAUUCACAUAUUUAUUUAUUUAUUAUAAACCAAUCAAUGACAUUGUAAUUUUUCAUAGGCAAUUUAACGCCUGAGCAAUAGUGGCACUUUAGUGAGGAAAUUUCUUUAAAAAACAAUUUCCAAUAAAAAAAGAAUAUUUUUCAUUUUUAGUGCAGGGCUGUUAAGUAAAUAGUACUAAGUAAACUGACAUAAUUAGAGGUUCUAAAGAUUUUUAUUUCUUUUGAUAUGCAUUUUUUUAUUUAAAAGUGCAAAGGGUCCUAUACUAAACAAGGCAUGACCAAAGUCAGAUAUCACUAGGUACCAGAUGCAAACAGUCUGUUGAAUACUGCUAAACUAAUAACACAUUUGAAAUAAAUAAAAUGUUGUAAAACAAAAUAGUUUAAUUCUAAUAAUUUAAAUAAAAGAUACAAAAAAUCAUUAUUACCUGUAUCUGACAAAUACAGAUUUUACCUAGGUACUUGAGUGAAAAUUAUUUUUUAAAAACUUUUAGUUUAGCCAAUAAGGUGGGUUCUAUUUGGAUUAAUUAAUCUUUGUUAUUACAAACUUUCCAUUUAACAAUAUUUUCUUUUUCUGGGGACAAACUUGGGAAUGGUCCAUUUUUUCCACUUAGGAUAUUUUCCCCAAAGGGUAGGUCCUAGUACAUUAGAUUUUUUGUAGCAGUUCUAGAGGUAUACCAUUUUCGCAUGCAGACAAAACUAAAGACAUCUGCUCUUUGAUCUAUGCCAAUGUUAGACAUGUGAAAUUAACAUGUCAACCACUCAUACGAAUCAAAAAUAUUUGCACCCAAAGUCGACAAUCCCUUAUUAAAAUUAAAAACAAAGUAUCUUUGAUUUCAAGCCCCAUAGUUUAAAGGUUAUUAACUUAAAGUCAUAGAAAACUAGAAAUAUCAAGUAUAUACUUUCAAUUUGAAUUUUAAGAGUACUUACUGUAGCAAAACAGAAAUAUCGUAUCAUGAUUUAUCUGACGUCAACCCAAAUAUAUCUUGUUUACUCCACUAAAUGGCGAAAAAUCAGUUUUUUAAAGUGGUAAACACAUGGAAGGGGAUCCUAUUCCUAAUUUACCUAUUAACAGAUAGAUGGAGACAAAAACAUAACUUUUUAUGAAAUAAAGAAAAUUUUAUAUCUAUUUGUUAUAUAUUAGUUUUAAUAUAAUUCUCUAUCUUUUCUUGAUUGUUAAUCGUUGCAGUGAAUUAUGAAGCAUUAUGGCUAAGAUAUAACUAUUUUUUUCAUUAAGCUUUUUUGCCAUUUUUGGUAUUAGUAAGCUUUUAUUCUUUGUGUUUAUAGAUUUUUGUUUAUAUUCAUUCAGCAAUUCAUUAUAAUAAUACAUAAUGAUUCUAAAGAGAAUACUUUUCUAUAUUUAGAGGACGGUUUUCUGUUUCACAUGUAUUUCUAUGAAUUAUUUUAAGUAUUCUAUUUUGUAAGUUUUUAAGAGAUUCUAUAUUAUUUUUAUAAACACUUCCCCUUGCAAAUAUCCCAUAGCUAACUAUAUUGUUGAGUAACGUAUAAUACAUUGUUAAUAAUGCUUUUGUAUGCAUUAGGUUUAGUAGCUAAUUUGGAGAAUAUAAAAAUAAAAUAUUUUGUUUUCUUUAUUAUACCCACUUUCCACAUUUUUGUCCCAUUUUACAAUUGUAUCAAUCAAAAUAUAUAAAUAAAUAAAAUUUUC